AUGGGUGUGUUCACUCACUUCGUACGUGAGGCACAAUUCUCCUGGACGUUCGCUCGGCAUCUCUUUCCGGGGAAGCCCAGCUGGACGGCCGACCACCUACCCGACCUCUCAUCGAAGGUCUUCGUCGUCACUGGCGGAAACACCGGGAUUGGACGCGGGACGGUCAGGGGCUUGCUCCUUAAAAACGCGAAGGUUUACAUCGCCGCACGCUCGAAGGACAGAGUCGAACACGCGAUCACGGAGCUGCGCGAGGAAACGGGCAGGGAGGCGCUCUUCCUGCAGCUCGACCUGGGAGACCUAAGCUCCGUCAAGAAGGCGGCUGAAGAGUUCAAGCAGAGAGAGUCGCAGCUUGACGGCCUGAUCUUGAACGCAGGCGUCCUGUAUCCGUCGAAGGAUGCGUUAACGGCUCAAGGAUACGACGCGACCAUCGGCGUCAAUGUCGUCGGCCACUUCCUCCUCCACCGCCUGCUCUAUUCUCUGCUGUCGGCCUCUGGUCGCGAGUCUGACACAUCCCGCGUCAUAUGGCUUUCUUCCAUUGCAAGUUACAAGCCGCACUCGCUCACCUAUGAGACGUUCCGCGAAGGCCCGGAACGGCAGCACGUGGACUCUAUCGAGAUGUACGCAGAGAGCAAGGUCGCGGUCGUCAUGCUGAGCACGUAUCUCGCCAAGACCUGCGUGGAAGACAAUGUCAGUUCCAUCGCCGUUGAUCCAGGAAACAUCAAGAGCGAAAUUUACCGUUCCAGUCCGUGGUACCUGAAGCUAUGGGUAAGUGCUCUUGAUUGGCUCUACUGGUAUCCCGUCGAGUACGGCGCUAUCAGCUCCCUGUACGCGGGCGCUGCACCGGAAGGGGCUGGGUGUAACGGAAAGGUAAGUGCGAUGUGGCCUCGAUCGUUCGCGUGCUUUCGUGCGUCAGUCUAA